UGGAAGUACCUGUGGUACCAAACUAUACUAGACCCGUAAUACGGCCCUGCAAAGUUUACCGGUACGGAUGGUCGCGCAGACAAUCUUCUGAAAUCGAGAAGCUAUUUCUCUCGUUUUCUCGUAGACGAUACAGAUAAGACUGUAAGAGAAAGAUCGCUGACGUUAGUGAGUUCAUUAUAGUUGGCACGUAUGCCAUUUCAGACGAUUGUAGUUAUAGCUAUACUUUUAGCAAGCUCUGUGAUGUCACAGCGAUGUAAUUCUUGGGUGACGUACUCAGGUGGGGGUUACAGGGUUAGGAAUAUUAUAUUAAUAAAAUUGUUAUGCUACGCCCACUAGAGUAGAAGUACUUGAGGGCGCGUACUUCAGGAAACCCUCCACGUCUGUGUACCAUUUACCCAGAUUCUGAGAUUACUUUCGUUUAUGUUAAAGUUGUAAUGCGCAUUUCGUCAGGUCAUUGUACACUGUAUGACAGUAUGAUUCCAGUCUACCCCAGCUACCAGGAGUAAUGUUGAAACCUAAUAUUCUCUCCAUUUCUGCAUUUUGUGUGUUUAUAAAUAAUAAUAUUUUUUAUUAUAGUCAGAUAGUCAAAGUAGAAUUGAGGGCCCAAGAUUACAGAAAUCGAUUGAUGUGUGAACUGGCAGCGAUAUGAUAAUAUCUGAUAUUUUGAUCAUUUAUAAGCGGACAUGUCUAAUAGUAUCGAAUAUUACUGUCGUAUUAUAAACAGUGGAAUUUAUGGAUGCAAAUGGAAGAUACCAGAUAAUGAUAAUGAAGAAACGAAAAUUGUAGAAAAGGUUUGGUGGUUGGUUUUGCUUCUAAUUUUAAUGCUUGCAACAAUGUGGUUGUUUUGCUGGAGCGUUUUCAACAACGAUUACAAUGACUUUGAGUGGUUUAUUUAUGACAAUUCUGGCAUCUGGUUUGGAUUUGGGAUUUUAAUUUUGGUUGUUUUUUCACUGGCCGUCUUCUAUCUCGUCAUAUUGGCUUGUUCUGGGAUUGUAAUGAUUGCAAGAGGGAAACAGAAACAUCUACAUUUAUGCCAUAAGAUUUGUGUUGUAGUCUCGUUUCUGUUGAUUCUUGCCGGAAUUAUUCUUGUUCAACAACUAUGGAAUGAAGAGUAUUAUGCAGCUGUUAUUGCUUUGAAGAUGACCGGGCCGUUUCUGCACAUUGCUUUAUUGUUUGUGGUGACCGCAUCGUCCUGGAUCAUGUUUUAUGAAAUAAUGAGAUUUGAAAAUCGGGUUAUAUGGUUGGCAUCGAACAUUGGUGUUUUGGUUUUAUUUUUACUUGUAUUCUUCAUUCCAUUACUCAUCACGUCACCCUGUAUCGGACCAGAACUGGGCUCUAUUCCGAAACCAUUGCUCAUUGGACAUAGACUUGGGAAAGUAACAACCGCACCUGAAAACACAAUUUUAGCUUAUGAAAAAGGAGCGGCAUCUUGCUCAAAUUAUGCUGUUGAAACAGACAUCUCGAUAUCUAUGGAUGGUGUUCCAUUUUUAAUGCACGAUUGGGAUUCACUAAAAAGGACAACAAACAUUGAGAAAGUUUUUGCGAAUAAGCCGGAUCAAGCGCCAUCGCUUUUUACUUGGAAUGAACUUCAGGAACUUGACGCUGGAAGUUGGUUUCUUCAGCAGGACCCGUUCAACACAGAACGCUAUCUGUCAGAAGAAGAAAAGACAGAAAUUCGGCAACAGAAAAUACCAAGUUUAGAUCAAAUAGCCCGAAUGAUCGGACAAAAUAGUAUAAUUUUUGAUCUGUAUCGUCCAUAUACUGGAAACCCAUAUCGUUUCAAUUAUACAGAAGUCGUAAUGAAUGUUCUUCUUAAUUCUGGAUUCCCCCAAGAACAAGUUUUAUGGCUCCCGAAUAGUAAUCGUGAAAACAUCCACGAGCAAGCACCAGGUUUUCGACUUGUUUCAGUCUUUCAAUCUAUUGAUUUUCUGAAAGAAAAUAACAUUGACAUUGUAAACUUAGGAUAUCUUGAACACACUCCAGAAAGUAUCUCAAACUUUGUUCAGAACAACAUCUCAGUUAUACAGUACGUUGUGAAUACUCCUUGGUUGUUUUCAUACACUUGGUGUCAGGGUACAACGUACGUAACAACAAAUGAAUGUGAAAGGCUUAGCAACAUAUCUGAUCCAAUAUGGAGAUUGUCAAAUGGUGAAUACAUAGCAAUGUGGGUUUGUUUAGAUCUGUUUGCUCUCAUCAUUCUUGUGCUGAUUUUCAUGAUUCAGUACACACGUGCUAGAUGCUCACAUUUUCCAUGGCUGACUAAUUUGCUUUGUGACAGAAGAUAUUUAGAAGGUACAGCAGCUACAGGCAUCGUAAAUAUAAAUCAUAGUUUUGAUGACUGAAUAUUUUGAUAUUUCAUAACCUCUAUGCAAUCUAUUGUAAUUAGCAAUAUUUAAUUUUGAUCUAGUAGUUGUAAAACAUGGCUUUAAAUCUAUGGAAAGAACACCCGAACAUUUUGGUUUCGCUGAAAGGUUAUAAUUUAUUUUAAAUACAUGUUUUGAAUAAUUUAGUUAUUUUUAUAAAAAAAUUUUUACAUUGCUAAGGCCAUGAAACAGUGACAAACUUUUUAGGAUAUCUACUGCUAUGAACAAGUCUAACAUCGAGUUAUGAAAAGUACAAAAGAGCUGAACAUAAAAUACUAACAAUAUAUGAGUAUUUGUUCAAUCAACCAGCGUAAGUUUCUUUCCAAAAACAAAGAAUUAAUAUGAAUCAGCAUAUCGUUCUUAAUUUUAUUCUUAUUAUCAUUCAUAUCUUUAUAAAUUAAUCUUUAUUUGACAAUUCUUUUUCAGUUAGCAUUUGGUGAUAGCUGGAUUUGAUUGGUAUAUGAUCAUGAUAUCGCAACACCCUAUGUGUAUAAAAACAUUUCUACUCUGUAUUCAAUCUGGUUAGAAAUCACAAUGGCCCCGGCUCCAUGUUUUUUGUUAUGGCCACUACCAUACUACUGACAUUCUCAGAGCUCUAUGUAGCUUCAUGGUAAUGGCAGGGAAUCAGAUAGUUCUGUUCCUUAUCAUUAUGUGGGAAUAAAUUUAGUAAUCAGUAGUUUAUUUUUUACCCUGCUGAAAAUUACACACAGAGUGAUGUAAUAUUAAAUUUGAUUUCAAAACUAAGGGAGGUGCGAUAAGCCAGUAG